AUUGCAACUACUUCUGGAUUCUAGUAAUGCCGAUGUAGCUCUGAUAAUUAUUCUAUUCUAGUUACCUAUUGCUUAAUCGGGUAGAAAUUUUCUUAUUAAAUUAAAUUACAUUAUAAAAUGGUAGUUCAGGAAUAACUAUGCGAUUGAUCAACAAUUUAUUGGUGCUUGAUAAGUUAUAUUAGACGCUUCGCUCAUUUAUCGCUCAGUAUGUAUCCGAAUCAUCCUCCUCCUCAUCAAUUUAACCGACCCCCUAAUAUGCAAUGGGCACAACCAAUGGUAGAAAAUCGAUUUCGAUCAAACUUCUUCCCCAAUUCAUCAAUUCCUCAUCAACCCCGACCUCCACAGCACCAAAGAAACAACUUUCAGAAUAAAUCAAUCGAACUGCUUAGAGAAGCAGAAGCGAUAAGGGAAGAUUUAAAACAGCAGCGCAUAAGCAAAGAUAUACAUUUACAAGAUGAAUUAUGGGUCAGUAAUUGGACUAGAAACUUAGAAUUAUUGCCCCCGGCUAUACCAACAGAAAAUGAAACAUUGACGAUAUCCGAAUAUCGUAAUAUGUUGACUGAUGCCCUGGAGAAUUUACAGGAGCUUAAAGGAUAUCAAAUGAAAAUAGAACAUUCUCAGACAGUUGAUCAAGAUUUAGCGAGAAAAGGAGCUGAAUGCAAAAAACGUUUAGAAUAUUUACAAAAUAUUUUAACAAAAGAAACUUUAAGAGAUCAUAUUAAAAGUCAGUUAAGAGGACGUCAAUCUAAACGAAUUAGAAUAAAGAAGAGAAAAGAGGAGAAAAAACAAGAGAGAAUUAACGAAGAACUUUAUAAAAAACGUAAAGAAAUAAAGAUAGAUAAAUGGAUAUCUUCGUUUAGCGAGAAAGAAUUAGAGAGAAAGAGGGAUGAUGAUUUAAGAAAAACUGCUGACGAUACAUUAAGGGAUGUACGAAAGAAAAUAGCCGAUUCGAAAAGGACACAAUUAUUACUAGCAAAACUAGAAGAAUUAAAGAAAAUACGCGAGAGAAAAGAGAUAGAAAAGAGAUUGCAGGUUUUUGAUUCUUCAUUUGAUUCCAACCUGAAAUGUUUACAAGAAAUUAUAAAUGAAAAAUUAGGAGAAUAUAAUAACGAACAGAAUAUGCUACAAGUUAUGUUGAAUGAAAAGGCGGGUGAUAGAAACUAUCAAAAGAAUUUAAGAUUAUGGCUAUUCGGAAGAGAAACUGACGAGUUUUGGUAUCAUGCAGAAGGAAAGAAAUCUGUUGAACGUCUGGUUGAAAUAAGACAAAAGUGGGAUCGAUAUCUAUGCGAUAAAGACAAAAUGAAAAAUGGAGAGGAGGAUACUGAUGAUUCUGAUGAUGCUGCAAAUGACUUUGGAGGCUGUAUUCCCUUAUAUUGGGUUAGACCUCCUAUAAAACCAUCAGAUGAAUGGUCAAAAUACGCAACUCAACGUGAUUUUCUAUGA